CAACCGGGGCCUGCGGCGGGACCGCGCGGCGCGCGGGAGCGUGCGCGUGCACGGGGCGGGAACGCGGCCCGCGGGUAACGGGCGCGGGAGCGCGGGCAGAGCCCGGGGCGGGCACGGCGCGCCCGCGGGAGCGCGCAGCUCGGCCGAUGCCCGGAGCCCGCCGGGCCCGACACCCCGAGAACCGCGGCCAGAGCGGCGGGAGCCCAGCACGGGCCGCGCUGGCGCCGUGCAGCGCGGGUGUGAGCCAGCGCCGGGGCUGCGGGAAGGGGAGCGGGCUCGCCUGGGCGCUUACUGUUAAGCAGACCAUGUGGAGGUGAGAGCCCCAACAUACGAACAACUUGAAUAUUUUGUACGGAACAGGUUUGAGGUCCUCUUCUGUGACAGUGUGUAGGAGAGACUUGAAGAUCAUCUUGUGCCUCAGCUUGACACAAACUGCAGACAGCAAAAUGACAGUCAGCCCCCCGGCGCCUCCCUCCGCCGCCCCCGGCUGUAUGGUACGCGCAGCCAGGGCCCCUCCGCCGCGCCAGCGGGAGGAGCCGCGUCCUCAGCGCCGCCGCUGCCGAGAGGUGAUUCAUGGCAGGGGACGUGGAAGGGUUUAGCUCCUCCAUCCAUGACACCAGUGUCUCUGCAGGAUUCAGAGCACUGUAUGAGGAGGGAUUGCUUCUUGAUGUCACACUUGUCAUUGAAGACCACCAAUUUCAGGCCCAUAAAGCACUGCUUGCCACCCAGAGUGAUUACUUCAGGAUUAUGUUCACAGCAGACAUGCGAGAACGAGAUCAGGACAAAAUCCAUUUGAAAGGUCUGACAGCUACAGGCUUCAGUCAUGUCCUCCAAUUCAUGUACUAUGGAACUAUUGAACUGAGUAUGAACACUGUUCAUGAAAUCCUUCAGGCUGCCAUGUAUGUCCAGCUUAUAGAGGUGGUAAAGUUUUGCUGCUCUUUUCUCUUAGCUAAAAUCUGCUUAGAAAACUGUGCAGAAAUUAUGAGACUUCUGGAUGAUUUUGGUGUAAACAUCGAAGGAGUCAGGGAAAAACUGGAUUCCUUUCUGCUAGAGAAUUUUGUGCCACUCAUGUCCAGACCUGACUUCCUUUCAUACCUGAGCUUUGAGAAGCUCAUGUCCUACUUGGAUAACGAUCACCUGAGCAGGUUUCCAGAGAUAGAGCUGUAUGAAGCUGUGCAGGCCUGGCUGCGCCAUGAUAGAAGACGCUGGAGACAUACGGACACCAUCAUUCAGAACAUCAGGUUUUGUUUGAUGACACCAUCCAGUGUUUUUGAGAAGGUAAAAACAUCAGAGUUUUAUCGAUACUCCCGGCAGCUGCGACAUGAGGUUGACCAAGCCAUGAAUUACUUUCAUAGCGUUCACCAACAGCCUUUGAUGGAAAUGAAAUCCAACAAAAUUCGUUCUGCCAAACCCCAGACUGCAGUAUUUAGAGGAAUGAUAGGACACAGUAUGGUAAACAGUAAAAUUCUUCUCUUGCACAAACCGAGGGUGUGGUGGGAACUAGAGGGUCCUCAAGUACCUUUACGACCAGACUGCCUUGCCAUUGUAAAUAACUUCGUGUUCUUAUUAGGUGGGGAAGAACUGGGGCCAGAUGGUGAGUUCCAUGCUUCAUCCAAAGUGUUUAGAUAUGACCCAAGACAGAACACUUGGUUACGAAUGGCAGACAUGUCUGUGCCACGCUCUGAGUUUGCUGUUGGAGUGAUUGGCAGGUAUGUUUACGCAGUGGCUGGCAGAACCAGGGACGAGACCUUUUACUCCACUGAACGGUAUGAUAUUACUGAAGAUAAAUGGGAAUUUGUGGAUCCCUAUCCAGUCAAUAAGUAUGGACAUGAAGGGACUGUGCUUGGUAACAAGUUGUACAUCACUGGUGGAAUUACAUCAUCUUCAACUUCUAAGCAAGUGUGUGUAUUUGAUCCCAGUAAAGAAGGGACGGUAGAGCAGCGAACACGGAGAACUCAAGUGGUCACUAACUGUUGGGAGAACAAAUGCAAAAUGAAUUAUGCAAGAUGCUUUCACAAAAUGAUUUCUUAUAACGGUAAGCUUUAUGUCUUUGGUGGUGUCUGUGUGAUCCUGAGAGCCUCCUUCGAAUCUCAAGGAUGUCCAUCCACAGAGGUCUAUGACCCCGAUACCGAUCAAUGGACUAUAUUGGCUUCCAUGCCAAUAGGCAGGAGUGGUCACGGUGUAGCUGUUCUGGACAAACAGAUAAUGGUUCUUGGAGGCCUUUGUUACAAUGGUCAUUACAGUGAUUCCAUUCUCACUUUUGAUCCAGAGGAAAACAAGUGGAAAGAAGAUGAAUAUCCAAGGAUGCCGUGCAAGCUGGAUGGCUUACAGGUCUGCAGCCUGCACUUUCCUGAGUACGUUUUGGAGCAUGUUAGACGUUGCAGCUAAAACAGAAUGAACAACCCAAUCAAAUACAAAAGAGCUAUACUAAUUUGUUGAAAAAAAUUACAAACCAGUUGAAUUCCUGCGGAGAUGUUUCCUUGGGUAUAAGAACAACAGCUAAAUGCUCAAGAGAAACAGGAUGUAUGGGGAGUGUACUUACCAAGUGAAUUAGAAAAGGUGAUAUAGUUGGUCUGACCUUGUGAAAGCUUUGUUGUUUUGUUUUUUUUACAGCUCAACCUGUACUUGGGUACAAACAGGUAAAAAGUAACAAAACCAAACCAUUUCUGUAUUUUAUGUUAUCUUUUAGAUGCUUUUCCCAUUAACUGCAAAGUACUCUCAAAUCUACUAGGCUUUUUUGUUUUCCCUUAUUUAGUUUGGAGAAGAAUUUUAACCCUUUUGCAUGACUGUUUUCCUGGUUUUGUAUAGUGGUACCAAUAAGUCUGCCAAAAUGCAAAUGACACAUUUUCUACUAAAUUGAAAACAAAGCAUUUUUAUAUUCAAAACACUAUUUCUAUGCUGCCUUCUAUUGUCUGUGUUGUGUUUGUGGGUGAGUAAAAAAAAUGUAUACACACAUGUGCAUACACUGUAAAAACUGUAUAUAAAUGCAUCUUUUUAUGUGCAGUUGCAAUAUUAUAUUUUAAUUAGUGCACAGAUUCAGUCAUAUCGGUUGAAUUUAAGGUAUUUCAUGAGCUAAAUAAUUCAAAGUUCUUAAGCAAAACUGGAAGCCUCAUUUGGUAUCAUAUUUAGUAUAUACUGAUUGAUUCAGUAACCUUAAGCUCUUUAUGUUGUUGCUACAUAAUGAACUGUUGGUUAUUUUUUAUUUUAUAAAUUAUUUUUUAAAAAGUAAACUCAUUUUAGCUGAGUUUCUUUUUGGUUUCAAUGUGCUGCCCAGUUUUCUUUUUUUGUUAAAAUAGAAAACAUCAAUAAGCAAAUGCUCAGCACUGCUGCAACCCACAGUUAUUUUUGGAACUGGAUACUGGAUAUGCUACAGUUUAUUGUCAAUAUUUUCCUUAUACUUACACUUCAGUAUGAGUACUCAUACUGAAGUGGAAUAAUCUUUUUAUUAAUAUUAUUUAAUUAUUAACUGUUAAGAACUACUGUGUUUUGAAAAUACGGAGUUAGAUGAUUGGUUUGUCAGUAUAAUUUCUGUUUCUUUUAUAAACACCUACACAAUUAUGGCUACUGACCUUGGAGUGCCUGAAUAGAGAUGGCUGGUCCAAGAGGGCUCUGGCUAUUCCAUUGUGUUAACUUGCAGGUAUAAAUGACAGGAGAUUGGUAAGAAUUAUCUGCCAAGACGUAAGUAAUAACAGUAACUGCAUUUUGACUAUCUUUGUGGAUGUAAAUUAGCCACUUCUAGAACCUAAAGAAGAGAUUUGGGGAAGCUGAGGGCUCACACGUCAUUCAGAUGCUGAAACAUGAGCUGCAUGUUUUGUAAAAUCUUAUGCUGCUGUGUUUCAUUUUAAGCAGUGGACUUUACUUUGUAUGCAGCAAUGCAAAACCACUUUAUUCAGCAUCUUCCAGUCAGAAUUCACUGUAGAAAAGGAAUGUACAGUACUCAGGGAGUUCAAAAGAAUGCACUUACAAAGGGACCAAAAUCACCCUAAAUUUUCCAUGUUAAAAAUACACCUACUUGUGUAAAUGAAGUUUGAAAUAAUAGAGGUUAAAACAAUGUGUGAAACUUCUCAUAUUGUAUUCCGGUAUCUUUGUAGGAAUUAUGUUCUGAGUUGAAAUAUGAGUAUUUGGAGCUAUAUGGCAAGUCAGCAGAUUUUUAGCGUUUGUUUAUUGUUAGAAAUGAUUUAUUAAUUGAGUGUUUUCAUAUGUUUUAAAAGAAAGAGGGAAUGUUUGCCAUCAUAGCUAUACUGAUAAGUUAUUUACACCAGAAGAGUCUGGACCAAAUACUGAUAUUCAGCCUUCUGAUGCAGACUAGUUUGCAGCUAAAUUUGUCUUUUUAAAUAAGAAUUCAGUUUGCUGAAUUAGAAAUCUAAUUUACUCUCUUGAUAGCCUAACUUAAAGCAGAUGUUGCUUACACUAAAACCUCAGUUUCACUUGAGACUUGUGUGUACAUCACCCUACAUGGGGAGAGACAAACUGACUCUGGUAGGUGCUGGCUGUACAUAGUUCAUGGAAUAUUGGGGCACAAGAGAAAAAAAAACAAGGUUGGGGUUGUUUGUUUGUUGGUUGGGUUUUUGGUUGGGUUUUUGUUUGUUUGCUUGGUCACCAGCUCAUUUCUCACUAAGUUAAUGGGCAGCAAGCUAAUCCUGUAUGAGGCACUCUCAAGGGCACGUCACUAAGAGUGCUUCACUUUAUGAGGGGCCAGUGCCAGUGUGGGAGCAGCCCUGGCUCUGGCUGUCUGCUGGUCAGCAAUCAGAUGUUUCAGAGACAUGGCCAAGACUUUAUUAAAAGUAACGGGAAGGAUGGGGGUGUCUCCAGUUCCAUUUUUGAGUCUGCAUUUAAGGGCCUUCUGAAGCUCUGUGCACUCAGCAACUGCCACUAAAUCAUUGGUGAGUGCUGACACUUGAAAAAUGAAGAACCAGAUUGGUUUUGGUGCUCUGCUUUUAAGCUCAUAUUUAUCUUCAGGUGCCCAGUUCUGAAAGAUCUUGUUCAGGAUUGUAGUAGUAAUUGUUCUGUGAAAUUAUAAUUGAACUGUUGGUUUCAGCUUCCCUGAAGCUGUCUCCACUGAGAGGCUGCCUGUAACCUUUCCAGCAUUAGCGAUGGUUGGAAUUGGUUUGGGAUUAGAGUGGUAGGGAUAUGUGAGAAUAUUUUGUCAAUUCACAUAUCUACUGUGUUUUCAUUGUUUCAGACCUGAAAUAUAUAAAGUAGCUUCUGUUCUCUUUUACACUGCAACGGAACUUUUGAGACAGUUACUUUGGUUACUUGGAGGGAUUUUUUUCCCAAUUGAUUUUUUUAUGUUUACUUUUAGUAUUUAGUUCCAGAUAAUUUAGUACCUUAAUAGGAACCAACCUAAGAUGGUUAAUGAGAAUUGCCUAUUACUAUCAAAUUUUAAGCAUUAUGGUCAGGUUAAGAUGGGUUUUUAAAAACAUUUAAAUGCCUCUCAUUUGUGAAGGAAAAGAUAAGUUAUGAUCUUUGGUUACUAGAUUUGGGGGAGGUUCUGCUAUUCCCAUCCCAUAAUGGAAUACCAGCAAAUCUAAUGUUACCCGCGUAUAUAAAAUUCAACAUAUUACUUGCUUUGAAAAGCAAGUGUACUUGCCUUUUUUUAGAAAGGUGGACAUAGUGAGCUACAAUCUAGGGUUUUGGGGUUUUUUUCACAUCUAUAGAAAAAAAUGUAUCAGCUUCAUUUCUUAAUUUAGCAAUCAAUUUCAGGAGGAAAUUUUCUUUUCAAACAAGACAAUGGACAAAAAGCACAGUGUUCCUGUAAAGGGACCGGAUACUGCCUGUUCAUAUUUUACAUGCUCCUAGGUCUGUUUUUAGGGGGCAGAUUUUUUUUUUUUUAAAUAAGUACUGCAUAAGGAAGAAAUAAGUCACUUUCUGCCACAAAGUGUUGGUAGUUUCAUUGUGGGAGGCAUCAGCUUAGGAAUUUUUUUCCCCUUAAUUCAGCUGGAAGAUGGCAGACCUUGGUUUUAUAGAGGUCCUGCUAUUUCAGAAGGCACUGCUAGCAAGUGGCAGCAUAUGAGCUACCUGGCAACCUGCUUUUAUACUACUUUCUUUUUAAAAAUGUGGAUGCCCUACUUCCUGCAAUAUGAUUGCAGUUCUGUUAGAACUAGCUCUGAGGGUUUGACUCCAAUACUUCCCUGGUUCCUGAGAUUUGCAGCUAUUUAUUCUUGAGGCCCUCCUGUCCUAGGAUCCCAAGUGCUGCAUUUCCUCAUGCUUCUAAUAUGGUAACUACUUGUGUCAGGGAUGAAGCUUCACUUGACACUCAGGAAACAAAGACAAAAUUCAGCAGAUGCAAAUUCAAACUGAUCUAAGAAACCCCAUUGGUUAACUCAUUAUGUCCAUUCUUUAGCAAAGGGAGGGUAAGCGUUGUGGGGAGACACUAACAGUUCUUUAAAAUAAACUUCUAGUUUGUGUCAGCCUGCAUAUGUCAAAGUCUUUUUAGAAGUAGUCCCACUUGUAGAGGUAUUUUGCCUUUUUAACAUACUUUUCCUUAAAAAGAAUAGUGAAUUGGGCCCCAGAUUCUAUUAACACUUCAGACGUGGACUUCACGUAUGUGAAUAGUCCAAUACAAAGAAACAGAAAACUGUGAGGUACUUAAAGGAAAACAUGUAAGCACAAGUGUUACUAAGCCUGUGCUUAAUAGUUUAUAGGAUUGGGACCAUCAGAGAAAACAGCCCUCCUGCUCUCUUGCUAAUAAAAAUAUAUAUAGCUGGUGAAGUUACUUGAAUAAGCAUCUGUCACAUGUGGUGGGGUUUACUGAAGGAGAGUGGGAAGAUCAUAACUGGAAAACACAUCAUCUAUUUAAGCAGAGCUUGCUGGUGUCCUGUAGCUAACAUUCUGAGAUUUUCAUGUUUGUUAAACAACUUAAAGCUGCUUAAAAUAAAUACUAAUGACUACUUCUGCAUCUGUAUUCUAUUUCUGAAAGUUGGAUAGUAACUUGAAAAUUUCCAUUUGUGUGGGUAAAUGUCAUAAAACACAGUUGUAUGUGGCAGGUGGCAGAAAAACUAAUUUGUUUGGAGCACAGCUUUCCUGUGUGUCCCUCUACUAAUUUUUUUAUACUUCUCUAAGUUCAAUUUAUGUAAUCUUUUAAAAAUAGCUUUCAGAAAUCAAUUUGAAAUACCUUUGGAUUAAUAUUAAGUUGGUAGCUAGGGGAAAAUAAUUUCUAUUUGCAGAUAGUUUUUAUUUAUGGCUCUGGUAGAAAAAUCUUACUGUAAGUCUAGGAAAUGAAGUCUCUGUAGGACUGUAAAUUUAGCUAUAUUUAGGGGGGGCUUUUAUUACCUCAGUGGGACCCACCUAACUUUUAUGUCAGUGUUGGAGCAGGUGAAAGGAAGAGUGAAUUAUGUUUUUAUUUUAAAUAUUUUUCCCUAUAUAUUGUUAUUUUUGUAGAUCUUUUAAAAUAAAUUAUUACAUGCUGGAGAUUGCAAUUCCACUAUAAUAUCCCACAAUUCCAGUAUACAAUAUCAGAUUGUUUGUAUUGAAAAGAAUGUAUUUGAUAAGUUAACAGGAAAAGUUAUUUUCAAACUGUACUGUGUUUGUGUCUAGCUAUUGGAAAUACUUUUCCUAUAGAAAAUUAAAAUUAUAUGUAUAUGACCUCAUAUAUACAUUUGGAUUAAUUGUCUAAUGAUUACCCUAGGGCUGCUAUAAACUUGUCUAAUUUAAGAACUGCCUCUUUUUAACUGCUUUAAAGCAUUUUUUGUCUCUUUUUUUUUCCAGAAAGUAAUUUUUCCUUGCUAUGGAUACAGUAUGCUCAGACUUGCAUAUGUGCUUUGUUUGGGUUUCAAGCUGAAAAAAAAUGUAUAAAAUGUGUAUAAAGAAAAUUGUAAAUAAAAUAUUUUUAAUCUUUAAA